GCCUACGAGAAGGGYUUUAAAUCAAAAGGGUCAAUCAUACCAGCUGGAUAUCGUGUUGAAGAAGAUGUGGAUGCUUGCAUUUUACAGCGACUUAAGGCUGUCGCCAAGAAACUAGGAGCCGAUGAGAACGAUGUACCAGCACCGGUCAAAUACCCAGAACAUACCUUUGAAUUGUACCAUGACAGGCGUCGGCCAUACUACAUUACUGCUGAUAACGAUGAAGAGAAGAAGGAAUGGAUCAAGGUCAUUAAGGACUGCUGUUAUCGAUGCAACGGAUUAAAAAAUCCGGACCCAAUUGCACGAGUUGCCUUUAAAGACGGUUUCUACCAAGCUCGUCGGGAAUGCGGGUACUACUACGCCAACUAUUAUAGUGGGACCGAGGAGCAGAUCCUGAGUGACACGAUUGUUGGUGCAAUCGACGCGCGUGUAAUGUCGGAGGUUUACAGCAGUUUGUAUUCAAUGCCUGGUGGGUACGCCGUUAGAAGGAAAGUACGUGAACAGAUCAUAAAAAGCCUUGAUUCGUUGGUGAUGGCGAUGGUGAUUCCCUCCUACAAGGGACAAGUCGAGACAACGUCAAAGAUGAAAACCCCAUUAGAAGACAUAAUCAUGGAAAAGAAAGAUGACAUCAUUGAUGCUCAGAACAAGAUCACUUCUCAGCUCAGUGAAAAGCUCGACGGGACUCUGGGAGAAGUCAUUGGUGAUGAUGUUAACAAAGGCAUUGAUACGUUGGUAUUCAAGAUAAAGGACGUUGUGGCUAAAUGUAUUCCACUUCUGCGUGAGAACGUUGUCAAGGUAUUUGAAUACGUCACAAACAAGGCCAAAGAUAACGAUGAUAUUGAAGCAUCCCUCCCUGACUAUUUCAAAAGUCUGGAUCAGGCAAAACAUCAUGGACGGCACCGUAGCAAAGUGCUUGCCACCUAUGAACCAGUUAGGGAAAUCCUUAAGAACCAUCCWCUUGUGGAAAAUGGAGGAAAUGCAUUUUACAAUGGACGAGAUAUGGUUGAACAGAUAAUAGAUGGAGCUGCCUACACGUUUGAGGAGUUAUUCAAAGAACUUAUCAAAGGAACGGACGCCCUUAAGAAUGGUAAAACCGCGGCCGAGGUCAUGACGACUUGUAAGGAUCAAAUAAUGCCGAAAUUUGAUGCCGAUGCAAAGCUUUUACCAGAUGAAGUAAGCUUUGAAAUUACCCGACAAGUCCUAAUUGAGAUGUUAACCAAAAAACUUGAACCUCUCACCAAAGAUAUGAGGAAAGAACUCAAAGCAGCAGUACCCAAAGCAGUGAACAAAGUUGUGAGUGUUGAUGAGCGUUAUGAGACCUACAUCAAGAAAGUCUGUGGUGAUUUGAUUAAAAAUGCAACGAAGACGGUCGAUUCAAAAGGCCAGACUAAAGAAGAAGAAAAUCCAGAUGAAAACCCAUCCACAGAACUGUAGUGAUAGCAAAUGAUUCACAGCUGUCAAUAUUAUAUCAUGGAUUGGAUUAACUUACAAGAAAUGAUGAGCUACUUUYCACUGGAGAGAUGCUAAGAUAAUGAAAUGAAAUAGCCAUUUUACAUUUGUUCAGCGUUUUAGAAGUGCAAAUACCAAAAUCAAUCAUCACAUACAAAUAAAGAAUUUAAAUAAAAAAUUMAAACCUUUUCAUUUAA